GGUAGGCUCACAUCUCCAUCAGAGAACUCCUUCGCUCAGUCCACACCUGCUUCUUUGGGAGACACCAUCUCUGUCUGGCUGAUUAAGGACCUGUGCUGAGAUGCCCGAGUCUCCUCUCAGUCCCUCAGCAGCCCGUCAAACUCCAGCCAGGAGCCUCCUCAGCCACACAGGAGGAGGAGCAGGAGAGAAAGUCACUGAUGGAGGCUCCUGCAGUGGAUCGAGGGCACAAACCUGCCAGAGCCUCUUCAACAAACAGGUCUUUCUGGCCAUGAUGGCUCCUCAGCAGCUGCAGCAGCUUCUGUCGCCCAACCAGCUGCAGGCGAUGAUCCACCACAAGCAGCAGGUCCUGCUGCUGCAGCAGCAAAACCUGAAGGAAUUUUACAAGCAGCAGCAGCAGCAGCAGCGACUUCAUCAGCCGUCCAGCAGGAAAGUCAAAGAGCUUCCUGCUCAGCACCUCCUGCAGGAGCAGAAACCGUCUGAACCUUCAGAGAUGCAGCAGUUAUGGGAAGACAUCAAAUCUGCUCUUUCCAUCAGUGGGCCGAAGAUGAAGGAGAAACUAGGGAGCAGCGAGGAGCUGCAUGAUUCUCCUCUCAGAUCUGAUCGCUGUGCUGCAAACGAGGAUCAGGCUUCAGCAGACGUGCUCUUCAGUCACGGCGUGUGCAACUGGCCUGGUUGUGAAUCCGUUUGUGAAAAUGGCCGCCAGUUUUUCACGCAUCUGAGCAGUGAACACAGGUUGGAUGAGCGGAGCACCGCCCAAUGCCGAGUCCAGAUGCAAGUAGUCCAGCAGCUCCAGCUGCAACUCUGCAAAGAGCGGCAGCGUCUGCACGCCAUGAUGACUCACCUGCAUCUGCCUUGGCUGCAGCCUCACUCACCUCAAUCUGAUGCAGCUGCAGACCUUCUGGGCUCACAGCUCCGCCCAGCAGCGUUCACCUCCAAACCUCGGAGCGUUGCCAGGUCUCCACCUCGAGGCUGUGAGGAAGAGGGGCCCAUUUUUAGAUACUCCCCGAGGGCCAUGAGGCAUCAUCCCCCUCUGUUCUCUCUGUCUUCAGAAAAUGAGUAUGAGCUCUACAGAAACGCUGACAUCAGACCCCCCUUUACCUACGCAGCCCUGAUCCGACAGGCCAUAAUAGAAGCCUCAGAUAUGCAGCUCACACUCAAUGAGAUUUACAACUGGUUCUCCAGGACCUUUGCAUAUUUCAGACGCAACGCUGCCACCUGGAAGAACGCUGUCCGGCACAACCUGAGCCUCCACAAGUGCUUUGUGCGCGUGGAGAACGUGAAAGGUGCAGUGUGGACGGUGGAUGAGGAGGAAUAUCAGAGGAGGAGGUCUCAGAGGAUCACAGGGAGUCCAUCACUGAUGAAAAGAGUCUCCUCAGGUCUUCCUCUGGCUGCAGUUCUGCACUCCAGCUUUCAGGCCUCGCUGGGAGAAGCAUCGCUAAACCGACUCAAUAAGGAGAGUUUCGGACUUAGAGAGGAGAACAAAACAGCAGAAGGCAAAAGCGUCCAAAAACAAAACCCCUCUUCUGAGGUCCAACAGCAACUUAUUUUGGAAGAUGGGGAGCUGAAUUUAAAUGAGGAAGAGGUUCAGCUGCCGAGAGUCAAACCUGUCAGUCUGCAGCGAAACAUUCAUGGAAGCAACGAGGAGCUUUUAUUUGGCCUUGAAUGACCCUUCAGGUGUGGCUCAGAGCUGCCACUUUAAUUUAGAUAAUAAAACCUGCAUCAGUAGAUUAAGAUUCCCAUGAUUUGUUAGGUUUGCAGUUAUUCAGCACGUCCUGGGACUCCAUCCAGAUGUUUGAUUUAAGGAUCCAUCCAGAUGUUUAAUGUAAGGACCCAUCCAGAUGUUUAAUUUAAGGACCCAUCCAGAUGUUUGAUUUAAGGAUCCAUUCAUGUUUAAUUUAAGGAUCCAUCCAGAUGUUUGAUUUAAGG